AUGAGUUCUGCCCUGCAGCCUUCUGACACCUCUCCUCCCACUAUGGAGUGUGAUUCCCCUUCUCCUGCUGCAGCAGCAGCAGCAACAACAGCAGCAGCAGCAGCAGCAGCAGCAGCAGCAACAGCAGCAACAGCAAAAACAACACCCCCAACAGCACGAAGAACAGGCGGAUCUAUCGUUGGUGAGAGCUCAUCCCUUCUAGCAGCUGACCCAGCAGCAGCAGCAGCAGCAGAAACAACAGCAGCAGCAGCAGCAGCAACAGCAGCAGCAGCACAAGUGGAAGUAAUUCGUAUAAGAGGCCCAGAAGACAAGCAGCAUCUGCUGGAGUAUAUAAGAAGCAGUUACAAAACAAAACUAAAAAAACAAAGAAGAGAAUGGGGGCGAGAGCCAUCAUUAAGAAAUAAACACAGAAAAAAACAAAUACAACUAAUCAAAGAACAAGUACUCAUGGAGAUACCAGCAUCUUUCUUCUCCCCCUGGCAGCAGCAGCAGCAGCAGCAAAAGGAAAACACCAGCAGCAGCAGCAGCAGCAGCAGCAGCAGCAGUGGUGGUGGUGGUGUGGGGCUUGCUGCGCAUGCAUAUAAGUUAUUAUUAACAGAAGAUGAAUUUAUCGAAGUAAAAGCAGCAAUGGCAGUAGCAGAGAGACAGCUGCAGCACCAGCACCUGCAGCAGCAGCAGCAGCGCCAGCAGCAGCAGCAGCAGCGCCAGCAGCAGCGCCAGCAGCAGCAGCAGCAGCAGCAGCAGGGAGAGGAAGAGGAAGAAGAAAAUACAGAAGAAAUUUCAGUUGGGGGCCUUCUUGUCUUUAUUAUUAUUUUCUUUCUUCUCUAUAUCGAUAAAAAAAUAUGUAAUAGUACACGCACAACCAGCAACACAAGGCAGCAGCAGCAGCAGCAGCUGCUGCAGCAGCAGCAGCUGCAGCAGGAGGGGGAGGGGGAGCAGCAAGACGAGCAGCAGCAAAUGCUGCAGCAGCAGCAGCAGCAGCAGCAGCAGCAAGAUAUAGUACAAGCUGCAACAACAUAUGCAAUACAACCACACACACAAAAAGAGCAGCAGCAGAUAGAGGUAGCUGCAGCAGCAGCAACUGCAGCAGCAACUGCAGCAGCAACACAAGCAGCAGAAAGCUUGCAGCAAGAAGAAGCAGCAGCAGCAACAGCAGCAAGCCUGCUGCAGCAGCCUGGAGGCUAUAUUGAGGUCAUAGGCGAACAAGAGAGCGUCUAA